UGCGUCCACACACAGAGAGCCAUCCGGUAAGAUGGUCCCCUCGCUUUGUCUGCUCUGACCCGAGUUCAGUCGCUGUUCCUGGGCUUUUUGCUUUGCUUCCGCACCCACCGAAAUCUGGACCACCUGUACUGUAAAAAACGAAUCAGUCAAGCAAUGACGACGGGGUGAAAAGCAGGUAAAAUGAGUCUGGCUUCUUCUGAAUCGCACCUAGACCAAAUGUCAGAAAAAGCAGAGGAGCCUGGUAGCUCAUCAGAAACUAUGAAGCCUUCCUCCUCUCGCAGUAAGAGGAAGUCCGCUACUGUAGCUAAGCACACUGAACUGAAAGAGUCUGACGCCUCAGCCGAGAGUGAAAAUGAAGGUGCCACUUCUGACAAUCCCUCAGACAAUAACACAAGCAGCGUAUCUAAAGGCACUUUAGUGAUUAGGCCAUCGGGGAAUGAAAAUAAAGGUGCCAUGAAGCUCAGAGUGGAUUUCAAACCAAAACAUACAGAUGAUACUCUGGAGAAGAAAAUAAGCUGCACUGCCUGUGGAAAACAAGUAAACCAGUUUCAGCGCAACUCUGUGUACGAGCAUCCGGCGCUCAAAGUACUUAUUUGCAAGUCAUGCUACAAAUAUUAUACAAGCGAUGACAUUAACAGAGACUCUGAUGGGAUGGACGAGCAGUGCAGGUGGUGUGCUGAAGGUGGCAAGCUCAUCUGCUGUGACUACUGCAACAACGCCUUCUGCAAGAAGUGCAUCCUGCGCAACCUGGGCAGGAAGGAGCUGUCUGUCAUUACUGAUGAGAACUCAAAGUGGCACUGCUACGUCUGCAGGUCAGAGCCCCUCCAGGAUCUGGUCUCCAAAUGCCACCGCGUCAUGGAAAAACAAGAACUCAAGGAUCGAAAACCGGAAAAAUGCGAGGAACGUGAGAGCAAGAGACACAAGAACAAAGCAGUCAAAGAGCACAAAGCCGUUGUCAAUGGGAAAGAACACACUGAAAGCUCAGGGACCAUGACAUUCUCCUACAAAAAACUACAGGUUCCCAAAGAACUUAUAAAGAAAGCAAAAAAGCUUGUUGAAACUACAACUGGUCUGAACAAUACGUUCAUCCAGUUCAUCCAGCAGGCAGCCGAGGACCAGGGAGAUAAGUCUAUCAGGUAUCGGCAUUUGAAAGCCUUCAGGGCCGUGCUUGCUGAUUUAAAAAAAGCCCACAGUGCUUUGGAGGCGGCUUUGGGGCCUGAAUUCAAAAACAUGGAGUUGCAGAAUGGUAACGAAGGGCAACAUUUAGUGAGAAAAAGCACUAAUGUUGUGGCCCUUGUAGAAAACGACCAUGUGGAUAAUGUGGCUGAUGCAGUUGAGGAGGCUAAUGCAGCAGAGGAGGCUAACGCAGCAGAGGAGGCUAACGCAGCAGAGGAGGCUGACAGCAUAGCGGAGGAGGUUGACGGCAUAGCGGAGGAGGUUGACGGCAUAGCGGAGGAGGUUCACGGCAUGGCAGAAGAAGCUGAUGACGUAGCGGAGGAAGUUGACGAUGUAGCGGAGGAGGCUGACGACGUAGCGGAGGAGGCUGACGGAUUAGCGGAGGAGGCUAACGGCGUAGCGGAGGAGGCUAACGGCGUAGCGGAGGAGGCUGACGGCAUAGCGGAGGAGGCUGGCGGUGUAGACGAGGGGGAUGACAGCGUAGAUGAGGAGGCUGAUGAGGUAGACGAAGAGGCUGACGCAGCAGAGGAACCAGAGAAGGAGCAGCUUAAUGAGCAGGAUGUGGACAAUGCUCAAGUGUCAGAAGAAAGUGAAAUGAAAGAUAGCCAAACAGAAACCAAUGUAACCAAAAAAACAAUUAAAACUGAAGUAUGUGAGGAUGAGCUAGUGACGGCUGGUGAAAUGUCCCUAGAUCAUGACAUUAUGUCUGUGCCUCCUUCGGUUCCUGAAGAGCUUUUUCAGAUGGUGGAGAGUCUUGCAGAUUCCACCAUGCUCUCACAGACUGACACUGAUUUGGUCACAGAUGCUGAUACAAAGUCAAAUGGAAACUCAACAGACUCUCAACCCCCCCAGCCCAAGGUGAAGAACCUCAUAGUCAAACUGACUCCUGUGCCAGUUGUGACGACACGUGGGUCAAGGUCCUCCUCAUCCAAAAACAGAGAAAAGGCUGGAGAGAAGCAAAAAAAGUGUGAAGAACCUGAGGAGAAAGACGACGACGAUGCUGCUGAUGCAGUAGAUGGGACAGACAGUCCUCCACCCAGCCGUCGCUCUAGUAGAUUGAAGACCACUCCCUUGAGAAAGCAGGCUGAGAAUAAAGGCAAGGAAGAAUCCUCUGAGUCAGAGGAAGAUAGUAAGGGCAAGGCCAAAUCCUCCAAGAAAUCCAGUAACACCAAAAAACAGGAUGUGAAGGAGACAAAGGAUUCAGAGAAGAAGAUACUGGAUUCUGACUCGGACGAAGUUCCUAAUAUACUGCUGGAGAAAGCUGCGGCAGGCCACAGUACAGAUGAGGAACAGGGAAGUGCUAAAAAGUGUUUAUUCAAACUAAAAAACACAUCCACACAGGAUACAGUGUCCAAACGCAAAAGGAAGUCUGAAAGUUCUGAUUCAGACCAGGGGAACAAAAGUAAAAAGACAUCCAAGAAGAAGAAGAAACAGCAAGGCUCAGACUCCGCCAACUCCGACUCUGACCAGGAGAAGGAGACAAAGCGUAAAGCAUCCAUAGCAAAGAGGAGGUCUAGCCGUGUGAAGAAACAAGAUGAAGCGAAAGAGGAAGACAAAAGCUCACCUGACAGGAAGGCAGCCAGGCGAAGAAGGUCUUAUGAAAUAAAGCGCAAGGGAAGGAGCCCCAAAGCAGUCUCCAAGCUGCAGUCGUCCUCCAGUGAGGAUGAGGAGGAGCAGCAGGCUGAAGGUGACUCUGGAGAGGACAGCGACGAGCAAAAGAUCAAGCCCAUUGUGGAGGAUAACGUAAUGGGAGGAAGCGCAGCUUUCCGUCAAUCAUCAGGGGACGAAGAGGAUGAUAAAGAGAGAGUCUCUCAGGAUUGUGAAGAUGAUGACGAUGAUGAUCCUGAAAACAGGAUUGCAAAGAAAAUGCUUCUCGCCCAAAUAAAAUCCAACUAUUCUUCUGGAGCCGAGAGCUCCUCUGAUAAUGAAGGAGCAGAUAAGGACGAAAAGUCCUCCAAGAAAGUUAAAACUGAGGAUGAUGACGAUGAAGAUGAUCAGCAAGACGAUGAUUCAGAAGACUCCAGCUCUGAUGUUGAAGUGAAAAAGCAUGGCGGACGCCACAAAUUGCUUCGUCAUAAACUCUCGCUAAGUGAGGGUGAAUCAGGAGAGGAGAAAGCUGAAAGUAAAGACAAGAAGAAGGGGGGCAAGAAGAAGAAAGAGGACAGCGAUGAAUCUUCAAACUCAGACUCAGACUCAGACUUUGAGAAAUCAGAAUCCAGUGAAGAGUCGGGGAUAAGCGAGGAGCUUAGUGAAUCGGAGAACGAGGGGAAGCGUCGAAAGACCAGAUCUUCGAAGAAGAAGGAUGAGGCGAAACAGAGAAGUUACAAGCAGCAGAAGAAGAAGCGACGCAGGAUCAAAGUUCAGGAUUCCUCUUCCAGCAAUGACAAGAGUGGAAAAGAAGAUGAUGACGACCCAGAUGCUGAAGACCGCAAACAACGCAAAAAGAUCCGCAAAAUCCUGAAGGACGACAAGCUGCGGACAGAGACGAGAGAUGCUCUGAAAGAAGAAGAGGAUAGGAGGAAACGUAUAGCUGAGAGAGAGGCACUCAGGGAGAAACUUCGAGAGGUGAUUGUGGUGGAGAAAGCUUCCCCGAUGGACUGUCCCAUCACCACCAAGCUGGUGCUUGAUGAGGAUGAAGAGACCAAGGAGCCGCUGGUGCAGGUGCACAGGAACCUUGUCACAAAGCUCAAACCUCACCAGGUUGACGGGGUGCAGUUCAUGUGGGACUGUUGCUGUGAAUCUGUGAGGAAGAUCGAGAAGUCUUCUGGCUCCGGCUGCAUACUCGCCCACUGUAUGGGUCUGGGGAAAACUCUGCAGGUGGUGGCAUUACUUCACACUUUGCUGCUUUGUGAGAAGCUCGAUUUCGCCACAGCACUGGUGGUUUGUCCCCUGAACACCGUCCUUAAUUGGCUCAACGAGUUUGAGAAGUGGCAAGUAGGAAUGAAGGAUGACGAGAGUUUAGAGGUGAUUGAGCUGGCCACAGUAAAGAGGCCACAGGACCGAGCAUACGCCCUCCAGCGAUGGCAAGAUACAGGUGGCGUAAUGAUCAUCGGCUACGAGAUGUACCGCAACCUGACGCAGGGCAGGAACAUCAAGAGCAAGAAGCUCAAAGAGACCUUUCAGAAGACACUGGUAGAUCCAGGUCCAGACAUGGUUAUCUGUGAUGAAGGUCACAUCCUGAAGAACGAGGCGUCUGCUGUGUCCAAAGCGAUGAAUUCUAUCAGGACGAGGAGGAGGGUUGUGCUCACUGGAACGCCUCUGCAAAACAACCUUGUUGAAUACCACUGCAUGGUGAACUUCAUCAAGGAGAACCUGCUUGGGUCAGUAAAGGAGUUCAGGAACCGCUUCAUUAACCCCAUUCAGAAUGGUCAGUGUGCCGACUCCACGUUACAAGAUGUCCGGAUCAUGAAGAAGAGGGCUCACAUCCUCUAUGAGAUGCUGGCCGGCUGUGUCCAGAGGAAAGAUUACACUGCGCUCACCAAGUUCCUGCCUCCUAAACAUGAGUAUGUGUUGUCAAUCAGAGUGACUCCGAUCCAGUGUAAACUCUACAGAUACUACCUGGAGCACUUCACAGGUGUGGGGAAUGCUAUGGAGGGGGGCCGGGGCCGCGCAGGGACCAAACUCUUCCAGGAUUUCCAGGUGCUCAGCAGAAUCUGGACCCAUCCCUGGUGCCUUCAUCUGGACUACAUCAGUAAAGAAAACAGGGGUUUCUUUGACGAGGACAGUAUGGAAGAGUUCAUCGCUUCAGAAACGGAAGAAUCCUCCAUGAGUAUGACCUCUGAGGACGAGAAGUCAAAAAAGAAAAAGAAGCAAGGCAAGGGAAAAAAGAGAGAAUCUGAUGACUCGGACAGUGAUAAUGUGGAGGUCAUCAAGGAGUGGAACACCAGCUCUCGGGGCAAAAACGGAGAGGGUCGAAACAGACCAGAACCUGUAGUAGAAGAAACUCGGCCCGCUAGCUCACCCACAGGGAGUCCCACUCAUGACUGGCACAGGGAGUUUGUCGUUGACGCUGACGGUGAGAUCCUGGAGCAUUCUGGAAAGAUGAUACUCCUCUUUGAGAUCCUGCGCAUGGCAGAGGAAGUAGAUGAAAAAGUGUUGGUGUUUAGUCAGUCUCUCAUCUCUCUGGACCUGAUCGAGGAUUUCCUGGAGCUGGCUUGCAGAGCUAAAGAUGAUGAAAAAGUCUCUCCAUACAAAGGUGAUGGCAAGUGGUUCAGGAACAUUGACUACUAUCGUCUGGAUGGCUCCACCAACGCCCUCACCAGGAAGAAGUGGGCUGAAGAGUUUAAUGACACCACUAACAUAAGAGGUCGUUUGUUCCUCAUUUCAACGCGAGCUGGCUCUCUUGGCAUCAACCUGGUUGCAGCCAACAGGGUCAUCAUCUUUGACGCCUCCUGGAACCCGUCCUACGACAUCCAGAGUAUCUUCAGGGUCUACCGCUUUGGCCAGAUCAGGACCGUCUUUGUUUACAGAUUCCUGGCCCAGGGUACAAUGGAGGAGAAGAUUUAUGACCGGCAGGUAACCAAACAGUCUCUGUCAUACCGGGUGGUGGACCAGCAGCAGAUUGAGAGGCACUUUACAGGUGUAGAGCUGGCAGAGCUCUACACCUUUGAGCCGGAAAUGCUGGAUGAUCCCUCAGGGAAGAAGAGCAAGAAAGCCACGCCCUUGCUUCCUAAGGAUCCCUUCCUGGCUGAGAUGCUGCAGAAUAAUAAGGACCAUAUCGUGUGUUACCAUGAACACGACUCCCUGCUGGACCACAAGGAGUCGGAAGCCCUGAGCGAGGAAGAUCGCAAGGCUGCCUGGGCCGAGUAUGAAGCAGAGAAGAAGGGUGUGUUCAUGAGGUCCAACUACCAGAACGCCUACCCCCAGAUGGACAUGGGUGGCUCCAACUACUUCUCCUUCAACAUGGCAGCUUUGGCCUCCAUGACCAACCAGCAGCUGGAGGACCUUAUAAACCAGGGACGACAGAAAGUCAUUGAAGCAACAAAUGCAUUGAAGACUUUGGUUCGGGAGUCAUUGGAAGAUAUCAUCGGCAGAGUGUGGAAGGAGAACCCAGCACUUACAGAGAGUCAGGUCCAGUCCAUGGCUCUGGGACGACAGGCCAGUGUGGAGCUGGAGAUCAAGCGCAGGGAAGCCGUGUACAGGGACGUUCUCACCAGGCAGCAGACGCUGAUGAUGUACGUGCAGAAGCUGAUCACCAACAGAAAGGUGCAGGAGCAGCAGCUGGCUCUGGCUAACCAGGCCAGCUACCUGAACCAGCUGGCCAUGCAGAACGGCAUGAUGGGAGGCGGCGGGCUCAGCCAGAUGGACCUUGUGGGGCUUUACCAGCAGCUCCACGGCAUCGGCUCCCACCAAGGCAAGAAUCCUGGGCCCUCCAAGGGCCUGUAGGUCAGAGGGACUCUUCCUCACCCCCCACUCAGCUAGCCGGCUCCCAGUGGGCCAGUCCAAGCGAGGCCCAGUUUCUCUGUUACAAACACACUGUGACACCACCGCUCAGAGCACAACGCAAUCUGGUGCACCAAGCAGAAGGUGGAGUAGUUUUGAGACUAGGCUGCUGUCCACUGGGGCCUCAAGUGGGAUAGACUCUCAGUUCUUUAUUCUGUAGUACACUGAGAGAAGGUGGAGUAUAAAAUGUAUAAAUGACUGAAACAGGAGAAAAAACAUGUAUAUACCGCCUUAAUGUUAUUCAAGUUCUGUAUCUUCAUUUUUCAUGUAUUUAAAAACAAACAAAUUUUACCCCCAAUGCUUUAAAGCAUUGUAUUGUUUUUCUCUUAAAAGAGGGUUUCCAUAUAAUUUAAACUCAGUUUUUUAUACUGUUUUAAAUGCCUAGGUAAACCUGAGUGGGACCAGUGUCGUCAGUGACAGGACUCUCUAAUGUAAAGCUCUACAUGAUUAUUAGCCCCAGUAGAUUCCUUCACCAAUAUCUAGCGAAGCAGACUGCUGAUGGUGCUGCGAAAGUCCUGCUCUUUUUGGGAGAUAGAAGCAAUUGAUAAGUCAACAAAAACAGAAAAAAAUGGCCUUAUAUUCAUUUCCUAAAAAAAAGCUCUGUAAAGUACUGAGAUUUGUUGAGAAUCUUUUCUAUUAUGCUUUUAAGUGUUUACAUUAGUUGUCACUGAACAUGGUAAUGGAAUGCUUGUGUUGUUCAAAAACUGCCUGCCGGUUCCUACGACCUUUUUGUAACAUCAUCCUCAUUGUCACGUGUUGUCUAGCAUAGCACUGUGCGUCCUGUUCAUUGUUUAUGUUCCACUUGUGUUGAUCCCCCAGCUCGGGUGAGCGACUGGGUCUCACGAAGCACAACCAGUUCAGCCAGAUAUCACAGGGCCCAAAAACUUUUCCCUUUACUUUUCCGUCAAAGUUUGGAUUCUGUGUUUCACGGUGGAUUUUGCUAUAAAAGAGUAAAGAAGGAAAUCUUAUUACGUAUCUGGCUGAUUUGUGUCUUCUGCUUCGUGAGAAAAAGCCUUCUGGACACUAGUCUCACCAGGCAGGCCCCCAGGACUAUCUGUAUUCUACUUUGGCACAUUUUUUUUGCUUCUAAAUGCUUAAAACUGGUAUAGCUGUUAAUCAAGAGGAAUAUGUACAUUUCUCACAAAGAGAUGUUGUCCCUAGUUGGCUCCUGUGUUUGCACAAGGUGUAUUUCAUAAAUGUAGAGAAACUUUUGCCCUCCUCUAAGAAUGUUCUUGUGUUAGCAAAUACACUGACAUUAUUUGCCAUGAAUUUGAUCUGCUAUCUUGAUAAGUAUUUAGUAUAACAUUUAAUAAAGUGACCAAAAGGAUGAGCAAC